ACGACAACAACAAACAACAACAACAACAACAAAAAAAAUUUCUGUUUUGAACAUUUAGAUUUUGUCUCGGAUAGCAUUUGGUUCGGACGACAGCCCACACACACACACAGCAUACUAAUUGAAAUUUUUCCAAAAAUUGACAAUAAGCUUGAUUGACAAAAAUUGGCAAAAAUUCUAAAAUUUAAUCGGUUACUGAAAAAAAAAAAUAAAAAUAAUAAUGGGACAAGCAUUUUCGGAACCGGUCACUGAAAAAGAAUCAUCAACUGAAAAGAAUGAUAAAUUUCUUGUUGCAUCAUCAUCGAUACAAGGUUGGCGUAUUAGUAUGGAAGAUGCACAUACAAUAUUGUUAACGAUGCCUGAUGAUCCGGAAGCAUCAUUUUUCGCUGUAUUUGAUGGCCAUGGUGGUGCUAAAGUGGCUAAUUAUGCAAGUGAAAAUCUUCAUCAAGGUCUUUGUUCACAUCGUUUAUAUCAAGAAGGUCAUAUUGAUGAAGCAUUGAAAAAUAUUUUUGUUGAAUUCGAUGAAAUGAUGUUUAAUAAUGAAAAAAUGCGCGAUGAAUUGGCUGGUUCAACUGCCGUUGUCGUCCUUAUUAAAGAUCAUCAAAUUUAUUGCGCAAAUAUUGGCGAUUCAAGAGCAGUAGCAUCAUUCGCUGGUCAAGUGGAUCCAUUAUCAAUUGAUCAUAAACCAACUUGUGAAGAUGAAAUGAAUCGUAUUGUAUCGGCUGGUGGUUGGGUACAAUUCAAUCGUGUUAAUGGUAAUCUAGCAUUAUCACGUGCAUUUGGUGAUUUUGUUUUCAAACGUAAUGAAAAACGUUCAGCAACCGAACAGAUUGUUAUUGCUUAUCCAGAUAUACAGACACGAUCACUUACAUCGGAUUUAGAAUUCAUUAUAAUGGCAUGUGAUGGUGUAUGGGAUGUAAUGACUAAUGAAGAAGUUGUUGAAUUUAUACGUCGUCGUAUAUUUUACCGUCGUGAACCGGUUGCUAUUUGUGAAGAAUUAAUAACACGUUGUUUAGCACCAGAUUGUCAAAUGGGCUGUGGUAUUGGUUGCGAUAAUAUGACCGUUAUAUUAAUAUGUUAUCUAGAUGGUUCUACAUAUGAAGAAUUUUGUGAUCGUAUAACCAAUGUUUAUCAGAUGAUACCUGGCAAUAUAAUAAGUUCAACUAAUAAUGAUAAUGAUCACAAUGUAACACGACAUAUAAUUGGACCAAUUACACAUUUAUACGAUUUUGAUGGUGAUGAUAACGAUGGUGGUGGUGGUGGUGGUGGUGGUGUUAAUCGUCCAAAUGGCAAUAAUAAUGAUGAUGAUGACGAUAACGAUGAUGAUGAUGAUGAUGAUGAUGACAAUUCUGAUGAAAAUAGUUCUCAUUCAUCUAUUAGUUCCGUAGAUAAUAUUGGCAAUACAAUGAAUACAUCGAAAACAAUUACAACUGGAAAUGAAACAUUAACAUCAACUACAAAUCAAACUUCAUCAUCAAUAAUUGUAAAUGUUGAUUCAUCAACAUCUAUUAAUGGUCCAAAAUUAUCCGUAUUACCCAUUGAUCCUCAUCUUCAUCAUCAUCAUAAUCAUAAUCAUCCCCAGCAACAACAACAACAACAACAACAAAUACAAAACACAUCUAUUUAUGCAAAUAAUAAUGUUCAUCAAACAUCAAUACAAUCGAUUAUUAGUCCUGGUCAUAUGAUCUCAUCAACAACAACAACAGCAACAACAUCGUCAUCAUUAUCGCCAAAUUCAUCGAGCUCGAAUCAUAAAUCACCACCAUCAUCAUCAACAAUAUCAAUUAACAUUACAUCGGCAGCUACAUCACCGUGUCAUCAUUGAUUUUAUUCAAUCAAAUUCAAAAUUUCAAUCCAAUCAUCACUUAUACUUGUUAUACUAGUCAAACAGUUAUCACAUUAUUAUUUCAUCCAAAAAUCAAUACAUUCUGAUUAUCAAUCAAUCAAAUCAUCAAAUUCUAUAUAUUCCUUAUACAUGUUAUACGUAUACGUCCCCCCCCCCCUUUGUCCAUCAAUUUUUUUAAUUCUAAAGAAAAAAAAAUCUAUCUCACAAAUUUGCCUAC